AUGGAUUGCUUUUUCACAAUAUUCGUAUUUUCCACCCUGACCUCUCUGCUCCAGGCCUCACCACUGCCAACGAACACUGCACCAAUUUCUGUCAAUACUUCGAGUGCAACAGCGACUCCUUGCCAGACAUAUCCGCCUAGCAUAAGCAUUGUCUGCGUUGACACUCUAGGAGACGUCCAUAGCGCUACAACCUACGUCAAGCGCGACUUGGGGUUUCAGGGCCAGCUCGGCCAGUACGUCCUCCUCAGCUAUGGAGACACCCUGUACAGUGAUGCCAACUACAGCGAUACAUGGCGCGGCAUGACGAGCGACUCGGUCGCGAUAGCCACACAGGAUCCGACCGUGGUCGUAGAUCCUGUCCUGAACUCGGAUGGCUACCCGCCGCAGUUCUGCCCACUGUUGUCAUCUUAUGGAGAAGAUGCGACCACAUGCGCUUUGGGCAUCACCAACGUGGUCGAGACCACCGCCCCGAAUCAAGGCGUCAUGUUCUUCCUCCUCAAUCACCGUCCCAAUGGAACAAACAAUCUGGUCGGAGCUGGUGUCGCCUCCAUCACCCUCGACACAUCGGCGUAUCCGCCCGUUCCUCAAAUAAGCCGUUUGCCUCCGCAAUUCUGGUGGGACGCUACAACUGAACCUUGGUACGGAGAUGUCUGCGCGCUGGGAUGGAACGAUUAUGUCUACGCAUAUGGACACGGUCCACAAGGCAACCCCUGGGUGUAUUUGACCCGAGUGCAUGCCGAGGAAGCCACAAACGUCAGCUGUUACGAGUACUGGAACGGUGAGACAUGGCAGAGUGACAGACUCAACGGGACAACUAUUGGUGAGAAGGAGAGUGUGUUCUGGCAAAUCAACCAGGGACAGGUGAUCUGGUCCAACUAUUUUGGAUGCUUUCUCUUCGUGUAUUGUGACAACUGGAUGAACUCGAAAGUGCUUAUGCAAACCGCUCAACAACCGGAAGGGCCCUGGUCGGACCCCAUCACGCUGUAUCAAGCGACGCCCAUCACGCCAGGCAGUUCAAUCUACGCGGCGGUCCCGCAUCCGUAUUUUGACGAGACGGGGAAGACGUUGGUUGUCACUUUCACGAACGAUCCGAAUACCGUGCAAGCCAUCCGGGUUAAUUUUGCUUGA